AUGUCCUGCUCCAGCCUGUGCAACACUUCCUGUGGGGUGGCCGCCCCGGCCCCUCUGGCUGACACCGCCAACGAGCCCUGCGUGCGGCAGUGCCCCGACUCCCAGGUGGUGAUCCAGCCCCCAGCCUCGGUGGUCACCUUCCCUGGGCCCAUCCUCAGCAGCUUUCCGCAGUACAGCGUUGUUGGCUCAGCAGGAGCUCCCGCUGUCGGCGGGGGCUACGGCGGGACCUUUGGGGGGGGCCGUGGUGGUUAUGGAGGCCUUGGUGGCUAUGGGGGCUAUGGAGGCUAUGGAGGCUUUGGAGGUUACGGAGGCUUUGGGGGCUAUGGAAGCUAUGGGCUUUAUGGUGGCUAUGGAGGCUAUGGGAGCUGCGGAUACGGUGGCUGGCGCCGAGGUCACAGGUACCUGAACGGCAACUGUGGGCCCUGCUAA